AUGUCCAGAUCAAACAGCGUCAGCCCACCCGGCGUCGGUGCGCCCGGGUUAAGGGGAGGGACCGAGCACAGAUCAGCGUGGGGAGAGGCUGAGUCUGUGGCCAACGGCUGCCCAUACUCAGCCAGAUCCCCGCGCAAGAAGCUCACCCGAACCAACAGCCGCUGGAGGCAGGAGGAGGAGGCGGGGGAUGUCGAUCCGGAGCGCCGGCCUCCCGGGCGAGCCUCCACGACCGUCAGCAGGGUCAGCUUCAGGUCCCGGUCGGCUUGGCAGGACCAUGGCGAGGAGAUCCGAGUCAACAGCAACCCUGCGUCUGCAAAGCGUCCAGACGGCGGCGAGGUGAGACCCAAGUCCGUGGAGCUGGGUCUGGAGGAGCGGAGAGCCAAAUCUAGGAGCGAUAAGGGGGAGCAAGAGGAAGAGGUCAUGCCGGAGGUGAACUUUUCCCUGGUGGCGUGCUGCGUCAGCGUCAUGCACAUUUUUAAAUCCAAGAAGUUCCAGUCAGAGAAGCUGGAGCGGCUCUACCAGCGCUACUUCUUCCGCCUCAACCAGAGCAGCCUGACCAUGCUGAUGGGAGUGCUGGUGCUGGUCUUCACCGUCAUGCUGGCCUUCCACUGCUCCGGAGCUCCGAGGGUCACCUACGUGGUGGUGUUUUCACUGGCCAUAUUCUUCACACUGGUGCUCAUGGUGGUCUGCAACAGGAACGCCUUCCACCAGGACCACAUGUGGGUUGUGUGCUAUGUAGUGAUCCUGCUGGUGAUUGUGAUCCAGGUGAUAGGGGUGCUGCUGGUGCAGCCCAGGAGCGCCUCGGAGGGGAUCUGGUGGACCGUGUUCUUUAUCCAUGUCAUCUAUACGCUGUUGCCCGUCAGGAUGCGCGCCGCUGUCAUCACUGGAGUUAUCCUCUCCGCCAUCCACGUGGCCAUUUCUUGGAUGUUGAACGGAGUGGACAGCUUUCUGUGGAAACAGAUAGUGUCCAACAUCCUGAUCUUCUCCUGCUCAAACAUUGUUGGAGUGUGUACCCACUACCCAGCUGAGGGCUCCCAAAGGCAGGCCUUCCAGGAGACCAGGGAAUGUAUCCAGGCACGACUUCACUCCCAGAGGGAAAACCAGCAGCAGGAGCGUCUCCUGCUCUCAGUACUUCCUCGUCAUGUUGCCAUGGAGAUGAAAGCUGACAUAAAUGCCAAGCAGGAGGACAUGAUGUUUCAUAAGAUCUACAUCCAAAAGCACGACAACGUCAGCAUCCUGUUUGCUGACAUUGAGGGCUUCACCAGUCUGGCGUCACAGUGCACUGCACAGGAGUUAGUGAUGACUCUUAAUGAACUUUUUGCUCGCUUUGACAAGUUGGCAGCGGAGAACCACUGUCUGCGGAUCAAGAUCCUGGGAGACUGUUACUACUGUGUGUCUGGGCUGCCGGAGGCGAGAGCCGAUCAUGCCCACUGCUGUGUGGAGAUGGGGCUGGACAUGAUAGAAGCCAUCUCGCUGGUGCGGGAGGUGACUCGGGUGAAUGUGAACAUGCGAGUUGGCAUCCACAGCGGCAGGGUGCACUGUGGGGUGCUGGGACUCAGGAAGUGGCAGUUUGAUGUCUGGUCCAAUGAUGUUACACUAGCAAAUCAGAUGGAAGCAGGGGGAAAAGCUGGGCGCAUACACAUCACCAAGGCCACUCUGAAUUAUCUGAAUGGGGACUAUGACGUGGAACCAGGAGCAGGAGGAGAGAGAAACGCCUACUUGAAGAGGAACAAUAUAGAAACCUACCUCAUUGUGGGCUGCAGUCAGAAAAGGAAAGAAGAAAAGGCAAUGAUUGCCAAAAUGAGCCGACAGAGAACCAAUUCUGUCACUCACAACAGUGGCCACUGGACUGAUCGUCCCUUUUACAACCAGAUCUCCAAGGAGAUGAAGAGGAUGGGCUUUGAGGAUCCCAAAGACAAGCAUUUUAUUUUCAGGAAUACGCAGGAAAACCUAAACCCAGAGGACGAGGUGGACGAGUUCUUGGGCAGGGCCAUUGACGCUCGCAGCAUCGACCGCCUACGCUCUGAACACGUUAAAAAGUUCCUGCUCACCUUCAGAGAACCCGACCUGGAAAAAAAGUACUCCAAACAGGUAGACACCAGGUUCGGUGCAUACGUGGCCUGCGCCACCCUAGUCUUUUUCUUCAUCUGCUUCAUCCAGAUCGUCAUUGUGCCAACCUCCAGUCUCAUGAUUGGGUUCUUCGUCACCUGCUUCAUCAUCCUGAUGGGCAUCAUGUUCAUCUCCGCUGUGUACUGCUGUUUUGGGAUCUUCCCAGUUCCCCUGCAGACUCUUUCCAAAAGUAUUGUCCAGUCCAGACUCAACAGCACCUUAGUUGGUGUCUUCACCAUCAUCGUCGUCUUCCUAUCUGCUUUCAUUAAUAUUUUCACCUGCAGCAGUCACGACCUGCGGAGCUGCAUCAGAUCAGAGCUCAACAUUAGCCAGGACCUUGUGGACGCCUGCCACGCUCUCCUCCUCAACUACAACCUGGACACACAACACAGCUCCUGUGCGGAAGACGCCCUCAUCUGUAGCUUCCCUGAGUACUUCACAUCCUGUGUGCUGCUGAGCCUGCUGGCUUGCUCCGUCUUCCUGCAGGUCAGCAGCAUCGGGAAACUCUUCCUUAUGCUCUUCAUUGAGCUGCUCUACCUUCUCAUCAUGGAGGUACCUAAAGUAAGCCUCUUUGACAACCAGGACCUGCUGGUUAUGGCAACCGCCAUAAACUACACCAAACCAGAUAAUAGUACAAGCUGUGUGGUGGACAACAAAGUUCCUCUGAAGAUCAUGACCCCUGUGGUGAUCACAGUCUUCGUCCUUGCCCUUUACCUUCACGCCCAGCAGGUGGAGUCAACAGCCAGACUCGAUUUCCUCUGGAAGCUGCAGGCCACAGAGGAGAAGGAGGAGAUGGAGGAGCUGCAGGCUUACAACCGCCGUCUGCUCCACAACAUCUUGCCCAAAGACGUGGCCGCUCACUUCCUGCAGCGUGAGCGGCGCAAUGACGAGCUCUACUAUCAGUCUUGCGAGUGUGUUGCGGUCAUGUUCGCUUCCAUCAGUAACUUCUCCGAGUUUUACGUGGAGCUGGAGGCCAACAAUGAAGGGGUGGAGUGUCUGCGGCUUCUUAAUGAGAUCAUUGCUGACUUUGAUGAGAUCAUCAGCGAGGAUCAGUUCCGUCAGCUGGAGAAGAUCAAGACCAUCGGCUCCACUUACAUGGCAGCUUCUGGUCUCAAUGACUCCACGUACGAUAAGGCUGGGCGCUCGCACAUUCGAGCGAUGGCCGACUACGCAAUGAGGAUGAUGGACCAGAUGAAAUAUAUCAAUGAACACUCCUUUAACAACUUUAAAAUGAAAAUAGGUCUAAACAUCGGCCCGGUGGUAGCUGGUGUGAUCGGCGCCAGGAAGCCUCAGUACGACAUUUGGGGGAACACAGUAAACGUAGCGAGUCGUAUGGACAGCACAGGGGUCCCGGAAAGGAUCCAGGUGACAACAGAUCUGUACCAGGUACUAAGCUCCUAUAACUACACACUGGAAUACCGAGGCGUCGUCACCGUCAAAGGGAAAGGAGAGAUGAUGACCUACUUUCUCACCGCUGGACCCCCUGGCAGUUAACCUUUACUAGGUGACAAUCAGACAUAGGGGGGUUGUGCACCUUCUCUCGUAAUGAGCUGGCUUACAGACCUCUGAUAGCUUAUAGCAGACUGAGGUUUUCCUCACAGCAGCGAACGCUCCUUGAACCAGUCGGCACUUUGAAUGAGAGGAUUCAUUCUAGAGCUGGGCUUUCUUCAGGGGGAGCCCAUGAACAGCUGGGGGCAUGUCUGCUCAAGUCUGCCUUUUUGACCAAAGAUGUUCAAUUGGAGCGUAAAGACAGAUUUGGCCAGCUAGGUCUUGGAGGAAAACAAAAAGGGUCCUGGAAGAAACUUGCUGAGCCAGGUUCUCUGAGGGGUUCUUGGACAAACCUGCAGGAUAACCUAAGUUAUGUCACCUCCUAUCCUUCUCUCUGCCUUUGUCCUGCUGAUUAUAAACAAUAUGUACAUGUAAAACCCAGGACGUUUUAUGCAUAUGUGUAUGAUUUUGUGUACUGUUUGUAAAACAUUUAUUCCACGUGCUGUGGUACAGGUUCAAACCUCUCAAGUACAGACACAAAGCCAGCACUGCAGCCCUACUUGUUCAUGCAUCCAUCUCUCCAUCAAGCACUACCAGAUUAAUGCAGUUGCAGUAACCUACGUUCUUCACAAAAGUAUUCACACCCUUUGAACCUUCUCACAUACUGUCCCGUUAACAAACGAAAGUUAAAUUUAUUUUAGUUGGAUUUUGUGUGAUAAACAAACACAGAGUCAUGCAUAAUUGUCACGAGAAGGUAAAAGGAUUAAUGUAAGCAUAGACUUUGUGCUAAUAUCUGGAAAGUGUGGUGUGCCAAAGUCAAUUUGUUUUGCACUGCCAUCUGCAGGUCUUUUGAUGUAUGUUCCUACCAGCUUUGCACAUAUAAAGGCUAAGAUAUUUUGCCUUUUCCUUUUGCAAAAUGACUGAAGCUCUGUUAAACUGGAAAAGGGGGAAUGAAAGGCCCAUUCUAACAUAUUUUAUGCUUUGAUAUAAACUAUUCCAAAAGCUGUUUUGGGUUGCUCUCCUGCUGGAAGGAGAACUUCCUUGAAACUCCCAAACCUUUAGUAGCUUCCAAUAAGCUUUUUAUCAGGAUAAUCCUCAAUUUAGCUCCAUCUAUUUUCCCAUCAACUCUGACCUGCUCCCCUGUUCCUGCUGACGAAAAACCUUCCCAUAACAUGGCACUGCCACCACCAUCUUUCACAAUGGGGAUGGUGUACAGGACCAAAAAAGUUACUUCUGGAAUCAAAUGGUUAAACUGGAUUUUAUUUCGCAGUAUCGAAGUAAAAAUGACUAAAAACACCUUUCUUUUAGAAUAGAACAUGUUUUGCAUUUUUUUACAACUCACACGUAUGCAUUACCUUGUCUAGUGUUUGUCUACCACACAAAAUGGCCAAUAAUCUAUAAAAGUUGGCAGUUAAGUGACAAAAUGUGAAAAGCCCAAUGAGUAUGAAUAUCUUUUCAAGUAUGGCUUACUGCACACCAUUUCUCUCAUAAGUGAGGGGAUCAUUCUUAGAGUAUAUAGUUUAUGUUUGAUAGGAGAGUCCACUAGUGUUUUCUAUAAAGCUUUCCAUUAGCCUCACACAAAUAAUAUAUACGCACCCCUGCAACACAAAGACGAUGUCAGUAAAAAGCUUUUCUACUCUUAAAGUGGUUUUGUAUUUUGACUUCAAAAUCUCAAAUCUAUGAGAUAUUUAAAGAUUAUAUAUUUUCUACAUUCAUAUAAUAUAGAGCUGCGUAUAAAUACCAGUAUGUAUCCACAUGUGCAUACUGUGUCACUCUGUUGAGACUGCAGAAACCCUCACUGGCGUUGCCUGAUCUCAGCAAAUCGACAUUCCUGAUUUCCUUUUCCUCUCCUGCUCUUUUCAACAAAUCAAGCAUUUUUUUAUCUGCUGGAAGUCAACUGCUGGCUGAUUAGAAGCCACUGACAAUCUCCUCUUUAAUGUAUCUCAAUGUCAUAGCAGAAGGGAGUCACCAUGCUGAGCGAAAAUGCAGUUUGAACUGAAAGGCAUCAACCCCGGUGCUCAAAUGCCAUUUUGCACUCCAGUGCUUUCGGCCGUCCCCCUCCCCUCGUGCACUGCUUCAACGGGCCCUUUUUGUUUGCUCAGUUAGGUGGUACGACACAAUGAAUGUCCAAUGUUCUCCAAUGAGGCCUUUAAUGCGGACGCUAGAGCGACUACGAUGAUGAUGCUCAUCCUAUAGACAGAUGAGCAUAAUGUGGAAAUGUGCACUUUUUAUCUGCUGUUUUGUUUGUUUUUGUUUUAUCUCAUCAAAGCAGUUUUCUUCAGUAUUGCAUUGUUACUCUGCAUUGUUGUCUCUCACACACAAAACCUUAUUGAAAAAUUACAGCUUUGCCUUGGAUGAGUCACAGUCACUAUAAAAACCUUCAGGACGGUGUCAGGUUUUCCCCUAAGAAUAUGAUGAACUAUAAAAAAAACAUGAUACUUGGAAAUUGAAGUCGGCAUCAUUUGAUCUUUUUUUAUUGCCAGUAAAUUUCAUGAAUGCACAGAAAUGUUAAAGUUUUAUUCAUGCAGUGUGCAACUGUCUCUCCUACACCUAGUGUGACUGAAUCAAAAGCAAAUGCAUAUAACUGCUGUUAAAUUGACCUGGCUUUCAGAUACACUACAGGUCAAACGUUUUAGAUACACGUUCUCACUUAAUGCAUCUCUUUAUUUUCAUGACUAUUUACAUAGUAGAUUCUCACCAAAGGCAACAAAACUGUGAAUGAACACACAAACAAAAAGUGUGAAAUAAUAAAAAUAGCCACCCUUUGCUGUGAUUACUACUUUCCUCUCUUGAUGUUCUCCCCAUGAGCAGGUCACUUGAAAUAGUUUUCCAAAGAGUCUUGAAGGAACCUCCCAGAAGUUCAUUGAGAGACGGCCAGAGGUUGAUAUUUCAGUCAUCACAGCAAAGGGUGGCUACUUUAAGGAAUCUAAAAUAUAAAACGUAUUUUUUUCGGGUAUAUUCAAAGUUUUGAUGCCUUCAGUGAGAAUCUAUGUACAAUGUAAAAAGUCAUAAACAUAAAGAACACCAUUAAAUAAGAAAGUGGUUCUAAAACCUUUGACCGGUAAACACUGUAAGCGCUGGCUGCUACUUUGGAUUAUAAAUAUUUAUCAAGAAGUACAAAUAUGAAAGCUAUAAUAAACGUUGAAGAAUUGAAUAAAGACCCGUAACUUGGUAACUGCAAUGUAUUGUCAACAAACUGACCCUGAUGACAACGUGUUGUCUGGCCAAAAAGGGUCUGACGACACUUGAACUUUUUGUCACAACAAGUUCAAAGUCAGACUUUGAUAACUGGUUGAGGAAACAGGGUGAUUGAUUAUUUUUUGUCCUUGAGUCUAAUUACUUAUGGAAAUUCAAAUACAAUGUAUUAAUGACAAUUGGCCCUUUUUUUUUUUUUUUUACUAAAUCAGUUAAUUUGUUCACAUAAAAUUAAUCUGUAAAAUGACUCCAUGUUUAUGAAUUCUUUAUGAAUUACAGACUCAAAGAGAAAGUUAAAAAUGUUUUAAGUGUUGUUCUGUAAAGACAUUAUAAGCAGUCAAUAGCUUACCUGCAAUACUUUCAGUGUAAACUCAGGUUAGCUGGUCCCAGAAGUUGAAGUAACAGCUUGUUGGAGAAGGUCCAAGACAAACGUGGACCUCUACAGUCUUAAAACAACUCUAAUCCUAAAAGGUCAUGUUGGCUUAUAAGAACAAUGAACUCUUAAAUUGUCACCACCUUUGAAUUAGGGGCUUAUACACAGCCAAUGAUUACACAUGAUUUUACACAGGAAAUGUAGGAAUUGGUGCAGCACCAGAAGUCUUCCUGUGGGAAACAUGCACUAAGAAAGGAACAUGUAAAGCAUUUCUAGCUUGAGUAAUUUUAGAACAUAAACAUCAAGCUGUGGACAAAAUAAAAUGAUCAUAGCUGGUAAUGUUUUGAAUUAUAUACUUUCUAUCUGUUAGGAAUUUACUCUAACCUGAACAUGUUCCGUUCUCAGUGCACGUUUUACACAAGCAGACCAUUGGUGGCACACUACCUCCUACCGCCAUUUAUCAUGUAAAUAAUCAGCUUCUGAGUUGUUUUAAGAUGGUAGAAGUCCUCUUUGGUCUCAGUCCCUCUCGUACUAGCGGUUAGCUUCAGCCUCCUGGACCAGCUAAUCUGGAUUUACAGUAAUGAAGACAGUAAUAUAUUAGAUGCUUAUAACCUUUUCACCGAGCGUAAUUUCAAAAAUUCUCAUAGUUCCCGUUAAAGUGCCAAUUUGAAUAAUAAACUUGCUCAACGGUUUUUCACUGUUUGACAUUUACAAGCUCAAAAGUUAAAAACUGUACUGUUAGAAAAUAAUCAGUUUAAGCCCUUUAUGUUUAAGAACCCCUUAAAAUGCUUAGCUUGUACAGACUGAUUAGCUGAUUGGUUUAAAAAAAAUAGUUUUAGGAAUGUUAAUAGUGUUUGUCAUGAAGAAUGCAAAAAAUGCAUGUAAGCAUGGAUAAUCCAAAUGUGUUACCAAGUGAUGUCAUGGAAUACAGAAAAAAACAAAAACAUGUUACUCUUUGUUGCAUUCCUCACGUUUUACAUCUAGAGAAAAUUAAUAGUUAUAUUCACAUAUAGGCAUUUUCAGUAUCAAGGUAUACCAAUGUUUUUCAAAGUUAAAGACUUCCUGUCUGACCCUUCUUUGGUUUAAAAUUCCUAGAAUAAGAUUCCAAAGAAAGUGCCGGAAUGACCAAAGCGUUCUCCGGCUAUAUGGAGCAUAUGGCAGAGCAGCACCGUCCUCCUACACUUUUCCUUUAUUUACAGGAAAGAGAAAUUCUUCUGUCUGAAAAGAUUUUCAGUGAUGAAAAUCAUGGGCAGCAUUACUAUGGAAACUAAACAAGCACCACCUAUCAUUCUAUUAGGGUCAGACUACAAUAUGCAAACUAAGAGCAGCAAAUCUGUGCGACUGAUUGACCGGCUAAUACCAGCUCGUUAUUCUUAUUGCCUUAACAUACAUAAGGUCAACGAUUUAAUAGUUUUUACACUGAAGAACCAUUAUUGGGUCUUUUCAUGAUCAUUUGCUGGCAGUAAAAAAUAAAUGUAAAUAGGUCCCAACUUUUUAAGUGGUUGGUUUUGCUUUUACUUUACUGGUAGAAUAAAAUAAGUAACAAAUUGACAAGUUUUACAUCUCUGAAAAAUAAACUUGCAAUAUCUUACCCAGGUAUCUUUGUCUUGGUGUCCUGUUGUACCGCUGCAACACAACUAAAACUUUGAAUGCCAUUUUAUUUGACUCACUGAAUGUUGUGCCCAUUUAGGCCCAUGUAAGCCUCUGUUUUUUGGUUGAUUGAGCAUAACUGUGCCAUCACCGGAGAUAAGGCAUAGAUCAACAACAAGCUAAUUUAAUAUGUGACUCAUCUCGUUUUAUAGGAGCAGAGGCAGUCCGUCUGCUUUACUGCUACUGAUUCCUCAUAAUGGCUCUGAAAUGAAGCCUCUGUGAUAAAAACGGCUCCAGAUGGGUUGUUUUGCUUUUUUGUUAUCUUGUUCCAACACUAUUUCUUUUUUUACAGUAAAAUAAAUUGCUGAGAUGUUUCACAGGUA